AUGGAAGUUCAACAAACAAAGAAUGUAGAAGUGAAAAGUCUCGUAUAUCGGAUUAUAAACGAUAAAAAGAGUUACUCCAAAGAUGAGCGCAUUGCUGCAUGCGAACAACUUCAACAAGCUUUUACAAUUGCUAGUGAUGUUUCUAAUAUUGGAUGUGACUGGAAGAAACUAAUGGAAGAUUUGUUGUACUGCAUUAAAACUCGGCAACAGUUCGAAGUGAAACGCUGUGUUUCUGAUUGCCUUGGAUCUUUGGGUUGUAUCAUGUUUUCGCAAUAUAAUGAAUAUCUAAAAGUGAUGCUGGGUGAAGCGAAGCUUAUUCCCGACAAAUAUGAAGAUGACAAAGCGCUGGUAUUGAAAGCUAUCUUUUCGUCACUGAAUUUAAUUGGAACUUUUGCAUGGCAGUCUCGUAUCAAGCCUCAGGAUGUCGAUGCACUUAUGACUGCAGUAAAGAACUGGCUUGAAGUGAACGAUUCCUCUGUCGUUCUUAUAUCAUUGUUGGAUACCUGUUUAGCAGUCUCUAAAUACUUUCCUGCAAUCUUUAAGCAUAGCUUUGAUGAUGUAGUCGAUUUUACUGUGGGUUGGUAUAUCGAACCAGAACAACCGAUUGCAGUGUUAGAUAAAUGUCAUCAGAUGCUUGUUGAACUACGCCCCUACUGGUACAGUGCUGUACCGGCUGCAAUAACGCUUAUGAAACAGUUUCUUGAUGAUGCGAGUGCAUAUAUUGAGGAUAUCAGGAUGAAUGAGUCGACACCAGAAAAUAUGCUCGCAAAAACGGCCGCCAUCUUGCGGGCUUUGUCAACUAUGCUUGAAGUAAUGAAUACUCCUGUCAGCCCACUUGUAAUAGAUUUUACUGAAAAGGUUUUUGGACGCAUCAUUCGAUUGUUGACUCAUCUUAGCGAUGUUUUUGCUGCCAAAAUUGGAACUGUGUUUGGACACAUGGCUGAAGUUCUUUAUGUAGCAUUAAAAGCGUAUCCGAAACUUGAUUUUUUGAUUAAUUCGAUGAAAGCUUUAAAAAUAAUGUUUGAACACCCGUCCGUAGACGAAAAAUCGAUGCUAAAGAUACUUGGAUGCAGUGGGAAGAUUAUUGAUAAUAUAACUCCUGAAAUGGUUGUGGAAAUUGUGGAUUAUGUUGUCGGUGAUGGUGGACCUUUGAACCAUGUUAUUAUAAGGUCGCAGAGAGUUAUGCAAGCAUAUGGCAAUGUUUUAGGAAAGCUUUUAGCACCAAAAAAUUUAUCGACGCUCCAAGUAGUUUACAAUCGAGUUCGAGAAGAUGUUCGAAAUUGUUUAAAUAUACUGCAAGCAACUGAAAUAGAGGCAUAUUCCAGCAAUAGUAUAGUGACAGAGAAAAAGCUAAUGAUAUAUUUCAAUGCUCUUUAUAGUCUUGGAAUUGUUAAAAAUUCACUUAUUGCUAUGGUGGGUCUUUCACCAAGUCUCUUUACAUUUCUGAUGACGGAAACGCCAAUCACCACGAAACAGUUUAUCAUUAAUCAUCCUGGAUGCCAUUAUGCUCUGCUUUACAUUGUAAAAGCGCAUAGUGAAAAACAUGAAAAUUUUGUUGCUAAUAGCAAUUUGCUAAUUGAUAAAAACAGUUUAACGCUUGUUACUGAACCAGCAACAGCAAAACAUACUACCACGAUACUAAAUACAGUAACGAAACUGCUUGUCCUUGAUGAUUUAUUGUGGACAGAUACAAGAAAUCUACUUGUUGAUUGGAUUCAUGGCUUGGUUUUCUCGCUUACACAAGAUGUUCUACAACAUAUACUUAAUAAACCAGAAACGAUCGAAAUGAGGGCAGCAUUGCUGGAUUCAUUCGUGAGACAUUCACUGCCAAAGAAAACAUCGCUGGAUAACAAAAUUUUUAGUAAUCCAGAGGCUUUUGUUGUUCAUUGGUGUGCAGCAACAACAAGUCAUCGAGUUAGACAUUUUACCUUACUUCGACGAUUGGCCGUUUUUAACUUGAUUAAGAACGAAAAACCUGAAGUGACAGCAAAGUUCGUUAGACAUAUCUUUGAACAAUGUCAUUCGGGUUGUCAGAAUAAAAUAACUGGUAUAUGGCAAGCUACUCCUCCAGUACUUUUCAUCAGGAACGGAUUGACGGAGUGUGUGCAGGAUUUAAUGGAAUUUGGACAACAGAAAAUAUCCGAAAGUUUGUUCACAUCAGAACAUUUCAAGAUUUUUGCUGACUUCUUGCUGAAUUCGGUUCUCCCCACAUACUGCUUUAACAACAUCGAUGAUGGAUAUUGGAUAUCAGAUACGGCCGCAACUAUUUAUGCAGGUGCCAUGGGUGACAUCAAUACGAAUAUUGACUGUAUAUCUAAGUGGAGGUGGAUAAUUGCACAAAUGGCCCAAUUUUGUGUAAAUAAUCGCUUUAAAACACCACUUGGCAAACCACUGGAUACUUUUCUUGCUUUUGAAAAUGAAAUACGACGAUUAGCUGGUAAUGCUCUUUCACGAAAACCACUACCUAUUAGCAAAAGCGCUAAAGAUGAAGUAGUACAGAAAACGGUUGCGGUAAGUAGAAGAGGUGCUGUUGAGGAUGAAGAUGAAGCAGAGGUGGAGAUUGAACGUGAAGCACGUCAGCUAACAACUUCGGAGCAGUGGUGGCGUGUUCGUGCCUUGUUGGAUAUGAUUGAAGUAUUGGACAAAUUGAUAGUUUACGCAUGUCAUGGGGCUAUAUUUCAGUUAUCUACGGUUUCACAAUUAUCGCAGCAGUUUCUUACGACAAAUCAAGCCAGCUGUGCGAAUUGGCUUUCACGCCUAUGUCUGCCGAUGAUGGCUGUUGCUUAUACAAGUAGCAACUUUGCUCAGGUCGUACGUUUAGGAGGUUGCUUGUUGAGAGACAUUGGAAAACGGAUUGAGGAGAAAGGAAGUAAGGAUAACAUUGAUGAAAAAGGUGAAAUAAAUUCCGUUGCUCACACAUGUAUUACAUGGAUGGUAAAAGCACUGAUCGAUUUGGGUCGUCCUCAAUCAAUAUUGGGUCUACAUGCUUGGGUAAAGAACAUUUAUGGUAAACAGUAUGUGUGGAUAAAAUGCGCAGCUCAUAUGGCUGCUGGAAGGAUCGAGCUUGCUUUGAAUGGUUUGCAAGAAUGUCUACGUAAUGAGAAUUCAUCCGAAAAUAUACAAAAAACUAUACGACAGCUAAUCAUAAUUGGCCUAGAAGUUCUUCGAAAUUCGGAAGAAAUUGAUUUAUUUUGGCGGACGUUGUACGGUGUUUUGGAUUCGAAACCAGAUGAAAUUCCGGAUGGUUUCGAAGAGCUUACAUGGAAGAGGAUGAAAUCACUGACAACGUUUGAUAAUUGUUUAAAGGAUGAAUCAGUAAUGUCAGUGCCAUGGGACAUCCGAAACAGCUUCAUUCACACAGAAUUGAAAUUGAUGGAGAUAGUCCACGAUUAUUCCAGAGAUUCUAAAGACAACAAAACUGAUGUUGUUGAUUUGACGCGACAGCUGAGUGAGGAUGCGAGAAUUUUGGUGUUAGCGGAUACUGGUUUGCAGAUCUUUACACGUGCGAGCGCAUUACAUUUAUUGGCUACUGCUGUGAAAGACAGUCGAAAGCCUUAUCAUAAACAGUCAGUUAUUGCGAAUGUGGUCGAUCCAUCGUUCCUUUUCGACUGGAAGAAUGGGUCACCAAUACAGCGUCUUGCUCUAGGUCAACAAUUAAGUACCUGGUUACAGUAUACACAAAAUAGAGAGAAUGGUGGAUCUUCAUCACUUCGAAUAAUUUCCAACGAAGCAGCUUAUCAUCUCGAAAUGGCGAGACUAGCUCGAAAGACAAAAAAUUAUCGAUUGGCAGAAAAGCAUAUCAAAAUACAUUACAAUAAACGCCUUCCAACACUUGACAGCUUCCAACUAAGUAUUUUGCGUGGAAUGCAAGGAAACUGGAUCAGUGGAGCAACUGAUAAGGAAAACAAGCUAACAAAUAAUGUAACUGCACAGCUGUCUAUGCAGCAGAGACUAUACAAUUUCGAAAAUCUUACGUCCAGUUAUGGUUUAUCGAAAAUGAUGUGGUCGAUGUCAGAAAUGGCGGAUACUGACCGUGCUCGUACUUUUUUACGAGGAAAAGCGUUUUCCUUACUAAUGAACGCUGUAGCUGAUGAAAUUGACCGAUUGAUUUAUAAAAGUAAUUUGAUGUUCAAUGGUACACCAACUGUAGCGCCAGAUACUCUCAUUGCUGUUCUGACACAGCAGCUUAAUCAUGCUACCAUUGAAGAUUCAGCUGUAUUAUCAAUAAGACCCAAUAUUGUGGCAAAUAACCAUCAUCAGGAACAAAAAGUUUCUGCAAAAGCAAUCAUUCAGCUUGCGCGUUGGUUGCAAAUGGAAUCUAGUUUGUUGCCGGUAGCUAUGAGCUAUUCGAUUCGUAUCGUUUUUCAUAUGUUUGGAGUUGAACAAUCUCGACUGCCAGUACUUGGCCCAUCUGGCAUCAUUGACUCACUUGCUGGUGCUCUUUUGAGUACAUCAUGUAAGUUAUCACCACAUUUGGCGAAAGCUCACCUGGAACUAGGUAAUUGGGCAUUUAAAAGAGCAACUGAUGCUGACAAUGAAAUUAGAUUGUCAUUCAUCAGUGAAGAGUGUGACACAAUGAAAUGGCAGAUUAAGAACGCGUGCACAUCAGUAGAUGAUUCGGUUGUAGAAAAUCUGUUGCAAACAAUGCAGAAGUGUACUAGCUUAGCUGCAAUUUUACCGGAUUGCAAGGCUCUUGUAGGAAAUUCAAUUAACGAACAGACAUGCGAUUUGCUGUUUGGUCCGAGAAGCAUCGUUCAAGAAAUUUGGAAAGGAGCAAAUUCACGUCAUUUGGCUUUUUGUAAUUGUGCAGCACAUUCAUACUUCGCUUACAUUGCUGUAAAUGGGCGUGAAGCAAAAGAGGGAACAAUUGGAGUAGUGAUGGCAACUUUACGAAUUUUACAAUUAUUGGUAAAACAGUACGAUGCUUUGCAUCACUUAAUUCUCACUGAAAUGCUUCAAGUAAACGAAUUGAUGUGGAAAGAUAUUCUUCCACAGUUAUUUGCGAGACUAAAUCAUCCAGUGCGUGCAGUGCGUGACACGCUUUGCACUAUACUGGAAAGAAUUGCAGCUACAUCACCACAUGCACUUUGCUAUCCGGCAAUAGUUGGUACUACUCAACCCAUUGUUAUUCACAACGAAUACGUUGACAAUGGUGAAGUGGAAAAAAAUGAUUUCGUUGAUGUUAUCGAUGAAGAGAAGAAGAAACGUGCUGAUCAGGAUCGAUCAUUAAUGUUUGAAUGUUGUCAACGUAUUGUAACUCGAAUGCAAGCGUUGUUUCCCGAUCUUGUCAAGGAUGUUACUGAAUUCGUUAAGGAAUUGCAAAGGAUUGACAUGUUGCAUGAAGAGCGCUGGACUUUUGUUUUGACAAAUUUGGAUCUCGAAAUGAAUCGUCGAAUUUUGCAAAUUGAGGAAGAAAUGAUGAAAACACUGAUGAAUACACAUUUAAGUGAUGAUGAAAAGAAGGACAUUAUUCACGAGAAGACAAUCAUAUUUACAUCUUUGGUUUACCGUAUUGUCGAGAACUUAUACGAAAAAACGUGCACUAGUGUACCUGUGACAAUAAAUGAAAAGCAAUUUCAAGAUGCAUACCUUGCGACUAUUGAAGAAGCUAUGAAAACUCUUCGACGGAAUAAAUCAGAACCACGCCAAGCCUGGGCUUCAUUCAAACUUUUAUUAACGCAGUUAAACCAGCGGGCAAACAGGCGAUCAUUCGUGUUUCUUCAAAUGGCUGAUAUUUCGCCACGUCUUACUGCAUUAAAUAAAACACAUGUGCCACUUCCUGGGCAAGAACAUAAGAAUUUCUGUGAUGUUGUAAUGCUGGAAAGAAUUAGCAAGCAGACAGUAAUACUACCAACUAAAACGCGACCGAGGAAAGUUGUGUUUCAUGGGUCAGAUGGGAAGGAUUAUCCUUUCCUUUUCAAAGGACAGGAAGAUUUACAUUUGGACGAACGCAUUAUGCAGUUAUUGCGUAUUUGUAACUUGAUGCUUUCGACAAAGGAAACUGACUGGCCAUCUUAUAUAGCCGAAAAUUAUUCGGUCAUCCCUCUUGGCUCUCGUUCAGGCCUUAUCGAAUGGGUUGAAGGAGCGACGCCUAUCUUUCAAGUUUAUCGAAAAUGGCAGCUUCGUAAAGCAGCUGAAAAUAUAGCAAACCAGAAAAUAAAUGAGGUCGAAAGACCGAGUGCAUUAUUUUUCAGAAAACUCAGGGCAGCUUUCCAAGCUAACAAAAUCCCAAAAGAAUCCAUCACUGAUCGCCAAAAAUGGCCAUAUCCUGUGUUAAAAGGUGUUGUUGAAGAUUUAAUCGAAGAAACUCCUCGAGAUCUACUUUCACGGGAGUUCUGGCUUCGAGCUGGUAGUUCAGAUACAUGGUUUCGAGUCACUGAAAGGUUUGCUCGAUCAACAGCAGUUAUGUCGGUGUUAGGCAGUAUCCUGGGUCUGGGUGAUCGUCAUCUGGAUAAUGUUCUAGUUAAUUUUGAAUUUGGACAUGUGGUCCAUAUCGAUUACAAUGUCUGCUUCGACAAAGGACGGAAUUUGCGCGUACCAGAAAUGGUACCAUUUCGUUUAACAGGAAAUAUUGUUCGAGCUCUUGGUCCUACUGAUAUUGAAGGGACUUUUCGACUUUCCUCCGAAAAUGUGUUAAGGAAACUCCGUGCUGGGAAGGAAAUAUUACUGACGAUGCUGGAUGCAUUUGUUUACGACCCAUUAGUUGAUUGGGCUGCUGCACAAGAUGAUCUCGGUUCCAAGUCAAUGAUUGGUAUUGCGACAUUCAUUGCCGUAUACGGGGUAGUAGAUGGCCAUUCUGAUAUUUUGCAUGCAAUGACUCUGUCACUGUUGGCUCUUCGUGCCAGAGAACUCUCUUCUUCAUGGCUUGAUAACAGAAAUCAUCUUAUAUGUAUGCUAUCGUCUAUUAUAAGCAUACUAAGGAAAAUGUACGAAAAUACUCAGAAAGAUGCGGAAAGUCGACCUCAGAAUUGGGAAGAGGAAAUAAAUAAACUGGAAGUGGAGAAACUAUCAGUUGAACGUGAUUUGAAAAAGGCAGUUGCAGAGCAUCAUUCUAUGAUGCAUGAUAUACGUCCUCUGCUUCGUUCUUUCGCUCAUGCAAGUUUUGAUUUAGCAAGCAUAUAUACCAAUGAACCACUGAUCAAAGGACUUAAGUUAUUGGAUGAUCCAUACAGUAACUGUGCUGCAUGCAUCGAUCUUUUUUUGUCUGUUAUUGACAAUAUCCCAAGUAUCUACGACAAUUUGUUAUUGCUGGAAAAAGUGAAAGAAAGAGAAGAAUUGCCUCCCUGCAAUGGCAAGCCUUCACCAGUGGAACAUCAUAAAGGACAGCAGCAGCAGAAUUUACAUGGUAAACAUGUUUCAAAAAGAAUACGGAUGAAAUUAGAAGGAAUGGUUAUCAAUAAAAACGAAAAUACAAAAAUUGGUGCAAACAUUGUAAGCGAACCGUUGACACCAUCAGAACAGAUUGACUUAUUAAUUCAACAAGCGACAGAUAUAAGUAAUUUGGCAUUGAUGUAUGAGGGGUGGACGGCAUGGGUGUAA